CCAAUUUUCUAACUUUUGCAACAAUUUAUGGCAAUUCCUGUCCGUUCAAGUUCAACUAGCUAUCGCUUUAAAAACAUGUUCAAGAUAGACUGACAGUCUGAUAGUUAGGUCAAAUACGCUGCUGUUACACGUGUGAGUAGUUGACGUAUUCCUAUUUUACAUGAACUUUGCAAUGCUCGGCUAUCAGGUGCGGUGAGAUGCGUUUUGCAUUUAUUUGAUGAUUAUUUCUAUCUUGACAGGCGCUAAUAAGUCACGAUGUAUUAUUACUUUUAGAUACCAUUAUGAAUUUUGGCUACCUAGGUACGAUAAAAAAAAUUUUUUAUUGAUUUACAUAAAGAUUCGUUCUUUCAGACGUGAUUAGAUCCGGCUCAAGUAACAUUUUAAAGAAAGGAUCCAGAUCCCAGGAACAAAAGACCUGCAUUCUCGGGUCGUUCAUUCCCUUUCAAAAUGACUACAGUUUUCAACUGACACCUCCCUUCAGUCCAUUGUAUUUUUUGAGUUUACGGUACUUCAAUCUACUCAAGAAUUUAUGUCAGGAUCGACAUACUAUUUAACGUAAACCUAGUCGAACCUCCCACGGGGUUAUUUCGUAGUAAUGUCACGUCGCUUGUGACUUCUUACUUCUCUUGCUUCCGGGAUGUGAAGAGUAAAGACUUUUGGUGGACAUCUCGAGUCAUUGCGUGCUCAGUACCAUUGUAGCUUUUCCAGAGUCGACACUACACCUGUUAAAGAAAUGAAACUCUUGCGAGUGGUAGUCUUUUUGGUGCUGCUGGUCGGUGUACUGUCAUCCGUUUCAAAUAUUAAUUUGAGCCCCACAGGAAACUAUCCACCGAUUUCCACCAAAGGCGGACUAGGCGUUUCGAUAGCCAUUCUAAUCUACAUGCUCUUCGCCGAAUUGGGUUAUCUGCCGUUCAGAUUUAAAGGAAGAAAAAGAAGAUCUGCGGUCAGUCAACUUACCAAUCCCUUAAUGCUUGGUGACAGAGACAACAUCUUGAAGUUAAUUCUGUCGAUGGAUCGCCAAAGUUGCCUACUUCGUUUCCUGUGCGAAUUGGAAGGUUCGAGGCACGAAGCAGAGAAGAACAACUUGCGUUUAGAUCCCGAUCUAGAGGAAGAUUUAAUCCUUCUCAAAGUGGCCAAGCGCAAAAUGCACCCAGCUGAAUUGAUGAGACAAGAUCCCGGGUCUCCAGCUCUUCCUUUCGAAAUUGCUGUGUUCACGGGUUCGGAAGGUUUGAAUACUUGCGCCAGCGUCUUCCAAACUUGUCCUUACAACAUUACAACAAUGCAAGGAUUUUUAGGCGAAGACUUGAACCACCUCUAAUCGGUGACACUCACAGCACGCACACAGAACUGCUGUCAUAUGUAUUUAAUUUAACACAAUUUAUUUAUUAUACGAUGAAGAAACAUGGGAGAUCGCAAAAAUAAUUUUAAUAAAUGCGAUCAGAUGGUCUUAAUUUAUUGUUGCAACCCGGGAAAAUAAAUGACUCUUUAAAAAAGUU